AUGGGCGAAGUCAAUAGUCUCGGAAUGGCCGACCACGGCGGUUUCGAUCUCAAAAUCGGCGCCAGAGUGGUCCUGGAAGACGUCAAGCUCGGCGACAGCAUCGCCGUGAACGGGACUUGCCUAACAGUGACGGAAUUCGACGCCGAAGAGUUCACCGUCGGGUUAUCACCGGAGACGCUGCGGAAAACGUCGCUGGAGGACCUGGAGAGAGGAUCUCCGGUGAAUCUGGAGCGUGCGCUGCAGCCGGUGAGCCGUAUGGGAGGACACGUGGUGCAGGGACACGUGGACGGUACGGGAGUGAUCGUUUCGAAAGAGGUGGAAGGAGAUUCCUUGUGGGUGAAGGUGAAAGCAGACAAGAGUUUGCUGAAAUACAUUGUGCCCAAAGGAUUUGUGGCGGUGGAUGGGACGAGCUUGACUGUGGUUGAUGUGUUUGAUGAUGAGAGCUGCUUCAAUUUCAUGAUGGUCGCUUAUACGCAGCAGAAAGUUGUGAUUCCGACCAAGAAUAUUGGUCAAAAAGUGAACCUUGAGGUUGAUAUCAUGGGGAAAUACGUUGAGAGGCUUCUCACUAGUGGUGGCUUCUCCAUCAACACGGCAGAGGUAACUAGAAAGCUCAAAACUUGA